CGGGGCCUUGCGCCGGCCCCAUAAGAAGCGCGGCCCUGGGGUGGCAACAGUAGUGUUCACCGGAGCACCGCGGUGGGAGGAAGGAUGCAGGCGGUGCCCGGGGCGCAGCCGGUCCGGCCGUUCAAGCUGAGGAAGAGUUUCGCCACCCGGCUGGAAGAAGUAGCAGGAAUCCGGGCGAAGUUCCCAACAAAAAUCCCGGUAAUAGUUGAGAGAUACCAUAAAGAGAAAUACCUUCCCCUCUUGGACAAAACCAAGUUUCUUGUUCCCGAGGAGCUGACCAUGACACAGUUCAUAACCAUCAUAAGAAGCAGGAUGGCUUUAACAGCUACACAAGCUUUCUACCUGCUGGUGAACAACAAAAGCCUAGCCAGUAUGUCCUUGACAAUGGCAGAAGUGUACAGAGACUACAAAGAUGAAGAUGGCUUUGUGUAUAUGACUUAUGCGUCCCAGGAGAUGUUUGGAUGCUUUUUACCCACUGCUCAAGGGAGAACUAUGGAACGUUUUCAAAAAACUUAAGGUUGGGACCAUGUGCUGCAUUGAAGCAGUUUGCUAUGAAUAAUGCCUGUGACAUGAACCUUGGAGAUGCUCCUUCCAAUAGGAGUUCUGCAAUGAGGAGUUAUGACCCAAAAGCUGGCAGGACCAGCUAAAGGCAGGAAUGGUGGCACACUUUUUCCUAGAUGAUAAUUUGGAUAUAUAUUUAUAUUUGAAGAUGAUAUGGGUGUUUCUGGAAUGGCACCCCCAUAUUUUUUGCGAUAUUAAUCUUCAUGUAACUGAUUUUUAAGGUGUCCUUAAAGCCCAAGUCUAACAGCAAAAUAAAGAAGCUUUUAAGUA